AUGAGCGCACCUGCACCAAAGAAGUUAUGGGGAGGCCGUUUCACUGGCGCUGUUGACCCUCUUAUGGACGCAUUCAACGCAUCGAUUCACUUUGACAGACGCAUGUAUGCUGCUGAUUUGGUUGGUUCAAUGGCUUACAGCAAAGCCCUUGCAAAGAACAAGAUCAUCACCGAGGAGGAACGUGAUCUUUUGUUGAGCGGUCUUGAGAAGGUUAUGGGUGAGUGGGAAUCUGGCGUGUUCGCUCUCAAGGAGGGUGAUGAAGAUAUCCACACUGCCAACGAACGUCGUCUCGGUGAGAUCAUCGGUGGUGUUGCUGGUAAGCUCCACACCGGUCGCAGCCGUAACGAUCAGGUUGCCACCGAUAUGCGUAUCUGGCUCAGAGACGAGGCUUCAAAGAUCCUCGCUCACCUUAAAGAGUUGAUCUCUAUCACUGUCUCGAGAGCCGAGAAGGAAAUAGACGUCAUCAUGCCUGGAUAUACUCAUCUGCAGAGAGCCCAACCCAUCCGCUGGUCUCAUUUCUUGCUGUCCCAUGCCUGGUUGUGGCAGGCUGAUGCCGAUCGUCUUGAGCAGUUGAUCGAUCGCUUCAACGUCUUGCCCUUGGGCUCAGGUGCUCUUGCCGGUCAUGCUUUCAACAUCGACCGUGAAUUCCUCGCCAAGGAGCUCGGUUUCCGUGAUGUUAUCCACAACUCUCUCUACGCUGUCAGUGACCGUGACUUCGUUGCUGAAUUUUUGUUCUGGUCCAGCUUGACCAUGACCCAUAUUUCCCGUAUUGCAGAGGAUCUUAUCAUCUACUCCACUGGCGAAUUUGGCUUUGUCAAACUUGCUGAUGCCUACAGCACUGGGUCUAGUUUGAUGCCCCAGAAGAAGAACCCUGACAGUCUUGAGUUGUUGCGUGGAAAGUGUGGUCGUGUCUUCGGAAGCAUGUCUGGUUUCAUGAUGUCCUACAAGGGUAUUCCCAGCACCUACAACAAAGAUCUUCAGGAAGAUAAGGAGCCCAUGUUCGAUGCUGCUGAUACUUUGUCUGGAUCCCUUCAAAUCACCGCUGGUGUUUUGAGCACUUUGGACAUCUUCCCUGCCAAAAUGAAGGCCAGCUUGAGUGCCGAUAUGUUGGCUACUGAUCUUGCCGAGUAUCUUGUUCGUAAGGGUGUUCCUUUCCGUGAGACUCAUCACAUCUCUGGCGCUGCUGUUAAGAUGGCCGAGGACCGCAAGGGUUCUUUGGAUCAAUUGACUGUUGCUGAUCUCAAGACCCUCCACCCUUCGUUUGAGGAUGAUGUUACCAGUGUCUGGAGUUUCGAGACCAGUAUCGAAAACCGCAACACUCCCGGUGGUACUUCCCGCUCCUCGGUCCAGGGCCAGAUCUCUAAGCUUAAGACAUGGUUGUCCAGCAAGCGUAACUUGUAAAUUGUAUUUUCCUUUCCCCUUUUCUUUUUUAAUUUGAGAUUUCGGCAUCCUUUCUUUAUUUCUUUUUUGUAUGCUGUUACCUUGUUUAUAGAUCCCCCUUCCCUUCCUAGCACAUUUAUCUCACCCACAUUCUCACAAGACAAACAUCUUUCCUUUUUAUCACUGUAUUUUAUUUCUAAAUAUUAACGAUAACAAUAGCAGUAAUAAAGAUGGUUUAUAUUAAGCUUAUGCACUUCAGUAAUCGAUAAUAAGAACCAACGACUCUUCUUAGUAUUCUUUACAUCAGUAAUAAAAUAAUUUAUAAUAUAA